GGAAAAAUAUAAAAAGAUGAAAAAUGAAGAUGAUGAAAAAAAAGCCAAUAAAAAAGCCAAGCAACAAAGUAAAAAUAAAAAGAAAAAAGAAAUGAUGAAAAGCAAAAAACAACAAGAGCAGAAACAACAAGAGUUGGUUGCACAUGAAAAUAUUUCAAAUGAAGAAGAUAACUUUGCUGAAGAAUUACAGUGGUGUAUACAACAAAUUGAGCUAGGCUUAAAGACACGCAAACCAAGUCCAGAUCAAGUAAUCAAAAGUCAAAAAUUGAUGCAACAAUUAAUGUCUACAAAAACACCUAAGGCAAAAAAACGGAUGUUGAUGAAGUUAAACUUUGGCAACUACAGAGAGAAAAUAGCAGCUCAAAUCAAAAUGCAAGUAUCUCCUGGUUGUUUGGUAAGCGCUGAUGAAAUACUUAUGAAAAAAAGUGUUUUUAUUAAAAAAAAGUCUAAUAAUAUGCCAGUGCUAAGUACUUCAAUUAAAAGUGAAGAGGUGUUUUAUUUCAAUUUUCCUCAACCAUCAAUAGAGACUGAUUUAAACCUUCAGAAUUUGCUUAUUCAUUAAAGAAAAGUUUUAAAGAUUUUUUCUAUUA